AUGGCCACAGCACUUGAAGAACAACAGCACCCCCUUCUGGAAGCUCAGCCUCAGCCCGCACCCAAGCCCAGCAAAACUUCCGGCCAGAAGGCCAUUCGAAAGACCUUCAAGAUCUCUGCUCAUCUGUCGAAUCUCCUCCCCACCGGCUCCGUCCUCGCCUUCCAGAUCCUGUCGCCGGUUUUCACCCACGAAGGCCAAUGCCGAUCUGUCGUGAGCCAGUCGCUAACGCUAGCCCUUUUGGCGCUCUGCGGCAUCUCCUCCUUCUUGCUGUGUUUCACCGACAGUUUCAGGGACGACCGGGGCAAGGUCCGGUACGGGCUGGCGACGUUCGGCGGGCUGCGGGUCAUCGACGGAACGGUUACUUUACCGCCGGAAGAGGCUGCCAAGUACCGGCUUCGAUUCGCCGAUUUCUUCCAUGGCUUCCUCUCCGUCGUUGUCUUCGCCUCUGUGGCGCUGUUCAACCAGAAUGUUGUCAAGUGCUUCUAUCCGUCGCCGUCGGAAGAAGCUCAGGAGCUUCUGGCGACGUUGCCUGUCGGAACUGGGGUUGUCUGCAGCCUGCUGUUCAUCUGUUUCCCUUCCAACCGCCAUGGAAUUGGCUUCCCUCUCUCUCGGCAUUAG